AUGGAAGACGCUGACUUUAGCAUGGGUGAUAUGGAUAUGAUGGAGGGAGGAGAUAUGUAUGUGAUGGAGGGAGGAGAUAUGGAUGUGAUGGAGGGAGGAGAUAUGGAUGUGAUGGAGGGAGAAGAUGUGGAGGGAGGGUAUCAAGGUGCAGAAGAAUGGGACGAGGGUGGAAACGAGAGGAAAUUCAAAGCUAAACUGCCGAAGCGCUAUCGCCAAGGCCCUCAGAAGCGCCGUGUCCGUGUGAAGGUGAAAGACUACAUGUGUUUCUCCAUCAUUUCCAACAUGUUCUUCAACAUCCUGCUCCUGGGCCUACUCGCUCUGAAAUGCUCACUGAGGGCACGGCACAGGUGCUACAGAGGAGACAUUAAAGGUGCCAAACGUUUUGCAAAGUGUGCUCUCAUUGCCAACCUUGUGGCGUUGAUCCUGACCAUCAUCUUCAUCGUGCUGCUGUCAAUCAUCUGUUCACUAAACACAGACGCAUGCCUUCACUUCUUACGGAAAGAAAAAUGUAAAAAUUAAUCUUUUUUUUCUCCAUCACUGAUGCUUCCUAAAGGCAGCGCUUUGUGCUUUACUUGCUGGAACAUUUUCUGACUAGUCUGCAUUGGAAGCAUCAUUCAAA